CACAUGUGUAAAUCUUAAAUUGUUUGAAGAUUCUUGUAAUUAGUCAACAAUGUCUAAGAUCUCAAACACACAACGUAGAAAAAAAAAUAAAAAAUUUGAACAUUUCAGGAAGAAACUCAGAGAAACACAACUAAAUGCUAAAAAAGCUCCAAGAAUUGGUAAACCUCAAAAAAGUAAGAAACAUAAAAAGUUAAAGGCAGUAGAUCCUUUUUAUCAUGGAGAGAGAAAAGAUAAAUUAUUUAAAGGUAUUAAUCAGAAACCCCAAUCAUUAGAACAAGAAGUGCCGAAGAAAGCAUUAGAAGUUUUAGAACUGAUGAAAGAAACAAAGAAAAUGAAAAAGAAAAAGAAGAAAGCCAAACAUCAAGUCAGUAUGAAACCAGAAGAGUUCAGAAAGACUGUGAAUAAUUCAAACAAUGAUAAUAACUUAGGUAUAAGUAAUGCAUUAAAACAACAACCAGGAGAAACUGAUCGAAGGUUUUUACACAGAUUAAAUGAAGAGUCAAAAAAAGCUAUGUUAAUGGCUAAAUUGGCUGAUAAGUGGGAUGCAGAUGUGGUUGAAACAGAAGAUGGAGAAUUUAAGAUUAAAAAAGAAAAGAAACCUAGCGAGAAAAAGAAAAGGAGAGCAGCAGAAAAAAGGGAAGAAAAAAGGCAGAAAAGAGAUGAGAAGUUCAUUGAUGAUUAUCAAGAAUUCAAAACUUUUGAAGAUCAUGUUGAAUUUGGUGAAGUAGUUCAUGCACCACCUUCUCUGUCAUCAUUACCAAGAAAAGCUAAUAAAGAUAAUGGAGCUAGAAAGCCUGGCAGUAAGUCUUUGAUAUUGAAAGACAUUCUGAUAUCUAAUAAACUAAGUAACAAUAAUAGUGAAAGGACAACAGGAAAACGUAAAGUUGGACAAUCAUUAAAGAGAAAAUUGAUAUCUCCAGCCCAGCAAGUUAUUCUAGAUAAGGAGAGAGAUAGAGUCAUUGAUGUGUAUAGACAGAUGAAAGAAGCAAAACUGAAAAAAUAAAAUCAACAUGUAAUUAUAAGCCAUUAUUAAUGUAGAAAACCCCUUAAAGAUAGAGCUUUAAGACAAUUUUGAAGAAACAAUUAAACUGGCAGUGGGAAAUAAUUUCUUCCAAAUUAAUAUGCUGAUCAGCUGUAUCAAGAACAGAAACUUUCACCAGAAGAGAACAUAAGAUACAUAAUACCUAGUUCAAAGAUGUAUACUUUAUAUGUGUAAAUAAAUCAUAUAUUUGAAGAAG